AUGGCUGCUAAUAACAUCGAUGUGAAUGAAGAGGUUCUUUAUUUCGACGAAGGACUAGAUCUUAUUCUGGAUGAAAUAAUUGAUGAUGUGUUUCUUAGGGGUGCUGCGGUUCAUGAUGUCUUGCAAGAAGAAUUAGUGUCGAUUGAAUUCCCCGCCAGCGACUAUGAGCAGCCAAUCUCCAUCAGAGGCCCUGAAAACAACGCCUCCAACAUACCUCCACCUCCUCCUCCCAAAAAAACAGUUGGCGAGAAGCGUUGUGACUCUGUCCCAACGCAUUCGCAACAGGGCACCGGGGUGAUCGCGUCUACCAGACCUGUGUCAGGGCGCGGAGAAAAGCGACUCCGAGAGGUGUACGGAGAACAAGCAGUACCUUUACCUACACAAUACAACGGAGAUGGUGACGAUGCCAUCCCGUCCACAUCAGGAUGUGGGAGGAAGAGGCUUAGGGAGGUCUACGGAAGUGACCGUCCUCUGCCAAAAGAAGGAUGUUUAAGCACGUUGGAGGAUAUAGACCAAGAUUAUGACGAGAGAGGUCUAACAUUAUACGUGGAAUCCCAGGAGGAGGCUUGCAACAAUUUCGAUUCUGACUCAAGCUCGGAUGAGGACGAUACAGGACCACAACUCAGCUAUUCUAUGAUGAACAAGAUCAACCGAAAUUUUAAACGAAUUUUGAAUUUAGCUUGUCUGCCUUUAUCAUAUCAAGAGGUCGAAGAGAUUGUACGCUCUUCACAGACCGAUGUGAUAUCCAUCCUACAGAACAUAAUAGCGUGUCAACAACAGCACACCAUUGCCCUAAGCCAUGCAGCCGAUUUCUGGAUGAACGCGCAUAAUCAGCUUCUGGAUGAAAACAGACAACUGCAGAAUACGCUCUCAGAACGUUACAUAGACAGCUUCAGCUUCCUCCCGAUGGGCUUGUCUAAAACCACCUCUGCCUUCGACCUCAACAUAGGUGAAAAAGGAUUCUUCCCCCAUCACUUCAACAGACCUGAGAAUGUGAAUUAUGUGGGGCCGUAUCCUUCUAAACAUUUCUACGGAUAUAACACGAUGAGGGAAGAGUACUCGUACUAUUAG